AUGAUAGGCAGAGUAGUGAAUGAGAAUGUGAGGAGAGAGGGUCGCGAAUUUGACCAUGAACCAGUGCAGAAAAAUACUGGUUGGCAAGAUUUUGAGGAUGUAGAAGAAACAUUCUCAUUUUCUGAUCUUUCAUUAGAGAACUGUGACACUUAUUGGAAUAACUUCUCCAAACAAGAUCGAAGCUCCUCGUUUGAUCAUCAAGAUUUCUUUGAGUUUUUCAGCGAAGACUUGACCGGUAGUACUGCCAGCUCUAUUAAUUCCGCAGACAGCAUCAUCUUUUGUGGAAAGCUUAUACCUUACAAAAGAGAUCAAACAGAGGUAGCUGAAACAGAACAGAGCCAAGAAAUCGCAGCACAGCCAAAACAAACCAAGAAGAGCUCCAUCUUCUCAUCAAACCUAUCGCACUUUCUCAAUGAGGGAGCUGCUGCAAGAAGCAAUACUUCACCAAAUAAAAAGAAACAAGACAAGAGUGACAAGGCUUGUCAAAGUACUAACAAAGGGUAUGCAACCAAGAAAUUAAGUGUUGAUCGUAAGUAUGAUUCUUCAAUGAGAAAGGGAUCGAACUUUUCACCCUUGAUGAAAACAGGAUGUUAUUCGUUUAGAUUAGGAGUUGAGAAGUUUCCAAUGGAGAUGGAUUUGAGUGAUAUGAAGACAAGGCAAAGUAAGAGAACUCCAACUCCAACCAGGAUGUUUCCAAUAUCUGACGACGAGUGUGAUCAAACGGAUAAGAGCGGCAAAGGAAAGAGAGAGAAGAGUUCGUGGGGAUUGUUUAGGGGUAAAUAUUCACUUGGUUGCAUCCCACAAGUUUGA